CGCAACCAAAAAACACCCCCCCAAAAAAAAUGUCCUCACCAACCUCCCACGUCUCCCCAACCCCAGAACUCAGCGCCCCCCCGCGCGCAACGGACCCGCUAAGCACGGGGAUAAAAUCCCUCCUAGACCCAACCGUCAAGCAAACGACGGAGAAGCUCCUACAAGUGCACCAAUCCCAACAAGCCCUCUCUCAGGAACUCGACCGUCUAAUCACCCGUAAACCCCCCUUCCUCCCUCCAACCAACGGCGUAAGUCAGUCUGACCCUGGGGUAAGAAUUACAGCAUUACCUAGACACCACCGAUCCACCGAGUCUCCGGCCCACGGUUAUUAAACUUGCGAGUACUAGUAAGCGGUUGGCGGCCGUUAAUAGUAUAUAUCCUCCUUCACCCCAUCCCUGAACUGUAUCCCAUACUUGGGUUGCUGAUUGGAGCGCGGGGGGGGGUUGCAGCGACGCUACAAGCGAUACAGUUACGCGUUAAUAAAUUAUAUUUGCAAUUGAGCAAGCAGCGACUUCCGCACUGAUAUAUAAUAUUGAGGCUUGGGUGAGACUCUUGCGGGUUUGUUACCGGUACGGUGAUGGGAUGGGAUGGGGUUGCGUGUUUUGUAACGAGCCGGGGGUUGGGGUUGCUUCAGAUUGUUCUUUCUGCUCUGGGGGUGUUGGUGAGGGUUAAGUACGGUACUGUACUUGUAUUGAAUUUUGUUGUAUCAUAGUCUUUAUUACUGAUAAUGGAAGUGAUGGUUGGUGGAGGAAGCAGGCAGGAAGGUAGACUACGCUAACCUACAAUCGUUUGUUUGCCUUCAUACAUCUCGUGGUGUUUUAGCUACUGUACCGCAGUCCAGCUAGACUAUCCAGUAGAGCAUAUCCACGCCCAUGCAAGUAAUGAUGAAGAUGACCUCACUCACUCUAACAUCUUCAGCCCAUCUGAGCCGGGAAACACCUUCACGAGACCUGAUUAACCAGCCAACUGAUUAUACAGUACACUACGGUACUUACCCCCCCAAUCUCUCUACCUCCUACCUUCACCCAUCGAAUCAGCAAAGACCCAAAAGCAUUACUUAUUUGUUAAAAAAUGGGCAUAUAUAUAAUGUGAAGCGCUAUCGAUGAGAAGAGUUAUAAAGUGCGGUAUCAUACUGUAUGUGAGUAAAGUGAGAGGUGGGAAAGCAAAGAAAACGCAAAGGAGACUCGUGAAAAAAGCAGAAACCAUCGCAAGACCUAAAACAGCUACACCAAUUCCAUCCCAUCCCAUUCCAAUUCCGAUUCCGAUUCCCCUCCAUACUUUGGAAAGAAAAAGGUUUUUCCCGUGA